AAGCAAAGACAGCAGUGUAUAUAGGCCUCGGCCAAGCGAAAGGCAUAUAUAGACAGGAGCGCAACAGUCGUGUGCGAGUAGACGGAGGAGGGAUGAGCCUACAGCGACUCGCAGGUGCAGAGAAUCAGAGAUAUCGCUCGGUGAGCAUUCGCGACAGCCGCGCGGUAAAGAGCGGGACCGCCGCGCGCUCGUCUCUUAGUUUAUUGCCGGUAAUCUUUUACUACUGCGCCUCUACGCGAUGUUGUGAAAUUUUCUCAUUGUGUUCGUCGGAAGUUUGUUUAUCGUUUUGUUUUUUCGCCAGUGUUUCGUAGAAGCUUGCUCGAAAGAUGCGAUCGAAGAUGUCCAGCAGAGCCGCGAGCUCGUCGAUCUACUGGGACUCGGUGGAAUCGUCGGGCAGUGGAAGUUCCGGAAGCGCCGGUAGCCGGAAUUACGUCGACCCUUGGGAUCUGGAGAACUACGCCUACCUGAGAAGACACAGCAUCGCCGCUGCUUCAGUCGCGGGCUGUACCCCGCAGCCGAUUUAUCAGACCAACACUCGUUACGGCAGCCGCAUUUCUCAUCACUCGCCCCUAGAGUCCGAUUACUGGUACGCCCCGAACGCGAUAAGGGAGCCAGGCUACGACGCUCCGGCCUCCGUCGAGGAGAUCUACUUCCGGCCGCAGCGUCCGGUAAGCAGCGGUUGCUACUAUCAUCAGCAGCCGAUCUACGAGGACGAGAGCACGAUGUCGCACUACGCGGCUCCUAUUCCUCUCUACUCUCACCUGUCCGAGCUCGAACAGGCCGAGGCGCUCGAGGAGCUGAGGACGAGGGAGAUGCUCCGGAGACGCAGCAAAGUCGCUAGGUCGAGGAAUAAUUACACGAGGGACGAGUGCCUGUACCAUCGCAGACCGAGCGAAAUGAGGUACACAACACUGGCGGCGCCGUCGCGAUCUCGACUCUACGCGGAGGAAGAAGAAGAGUCGGUGGACGAGGUCGAGGCCGUCCGUUACCGAGAACCGAUCAAGCCCACCCACAUCACCCUCAACACGUAUGGUCACCUGAAGAUCGACUACACCAACAGCUGGAACUCGCUGCAUCGGAAGAUCGUUAGCAAUUAGUAUACCGGCUGUUUUUGUUUCGCAUUGUUGUUGUUCUUCGCGAGAUAAACGACUGUUAAAGCUCUGACGCGUAGCAGAGCCGCGAUUCAGUCGCUUGUGAAAGCUCGAAACGAGUUUGAAACUCGGUUAUUUAAAAAUGAAGCUCGUUUUUACGAGUGUGAAAACGAUGAUUCAUAAUUUUCAUAAUCAAAAAAUCUCGAUGUUUCAGCCCGAAGACUGGAUUACUAAGAGUUGGAGAUGUUUAAUUACGUUGAAUUGAGAAUCUCGAUUCACGCGGUUUUCAAGUGAAUAUUUAAGUUGAAUUUAGAUGUAACGAUUGUUAAGUUAAAAAGUUCGGUGACUCCGCGUAUAUGAAUUAUAUACUCUGAUUCGAAGGUUGCUCCCAUUGUAAAUUACGGCUAUUCGUGUACAUAUCGUAGGAUGUAGUAUCUUGUAUACUAGUUUUCUGUAAAAAAUUACAAAUAAAAUAAAAUAAAAAUCUAA